AUGUCAGUAUAUAAGCAGAAACUGAGCCAGCUAUCAGAUACACGAAUCACUCUUUUUAAUCCUCAACAAGCGAGGCAAAGUAGAGAGUUGAAGUGUACAACAACGACACAAGGAGAGAAUGUCCUUUAUCGUUCAUGCUGCUUUGUUCCUAGGUCUCGUGGCUUUAAGCCAGGCCUGUACUUGUAGGCCGCAACAUCCCCAGGAAGCCUUCUGUAAUGCGGGAUUUGUGAUACGUGCGAAGAUUUUGUCCCAAGAAGUAGAGGGGCACAAAAAAAUAAUCGGUAUGCGAAUCCUGAAGACUUACAAGGGAGCGACAGCACUAAACAAAACCGAGGGAGUUCGGUCUUAUGGGUCCAACCAGGGAAGUCUUUUUGCCAAGGUCUACACUUUCAAAAGUAGUGCCACGAGGUGUGGUCUUAUCGGGAUUCAGAACGGCAAAAGGUACGUCAUCUUCGGGUGGUUUGCCAACGGUAAACUUUGGGUGAGCUUAUGCAAUUUUGUACAAGAUUGGUCCCAAGUCCUCAAGCGCCAGGCUGUACGUGUUGGUAUCAAGCGCUUCUAUGGGCAAAACUGUGAUUGUCAGCUUGCACCGUGUCACGGCAGAGACUGCGGAAAGCUCAAAGGAUGUGCUUCAAACUAUCUGUCUCCUUACAGGAACCCUUGUGAGUGGGACCACUCCUAUUGUGUGAAAAACUCCAAAGGGACCGCGUGCUCCUGGUACGAAACACCAAAGUACAAGGAGUGCAUGGCUAACCCCCGGCCCUAGUUAGACUACUCAAAAUUGUGCGAAAAAAGAUAACGACCUCGAGACUAAUAGCUCAUCUUUAAAUAGAGAGCACGUGCAACGAAACAUAGAACAUAAAAAUUUGCCCUGACCUUUAUCUCCCAAGAUCUGAUUGUUACUUCUCCCUUCCAGCUGCUUGGAAAUUAGUUAUGAGAUUUUGGUGCUAGAUCAUCUUAACAACUUCAACCUAAUAAGUCUUAGUGUUCUCAUCACUUGUUUGCUGGAUAAUGUGUGGAUAUUAUCAAGAGAAAUAUCUUGUUUAUCACUUCUGGGAGUUAAAGGGUUAAUGAUUUCGAGUCUUCCGCGAAGAUUACUACCUUUGUAAUUAGAUCGUUUGAUCCGCAGGCUGUAUUUCUAACAUAAAACAGUAUUUUUCUCUUUUAAUUGUUCCUAAAAACUAGGUGUUGAUAAUUUUUUUAUUUUCUAACAAUAGACAUAUAUAUAUAAUUUUAGAGAAAAAUUUGAGCACUGAUCACCCAUAAAAAUGAGAGAAGAUAUGCUUUCAAAGUCAAAGAUUUAAAAACACAAUGAAUACUUGUUUACAAGCAGUUUCGACGACAAUAGGGAAAGACAAAAUUAACAAUCAUGUUUCCCUUCCAGUUUUCAUGACAAAAAAGCGAAUUUUCUCAGAAGAACAACCAACUAGAAUUAACGAACGUAGUAUUUGUUAACUAUGAGACCAAUUUAGGUUUAUUUUUAACAUGUUUCAUCAAUACUCGAUGACAGUUGCCAUUUUAUAUGUGCAAUGUAGAAGUUAGUUCGACGCGUGAAUGAUACAUCGCAAAUUCAUGCUCAAAGGUUUUUCUGAUUUUAAAUAAUUGAAUUAGUCCUAAGUCUUUUAAAAUAUUGUAAAAUUAUCUCCUGAUAAUAUCCAUACAUUAUCCAUCUCUAUUUAAAGAUGAGUUAUUUUCGGGGCGACUUCUUCGAACGAUUGACUCAUCAAAUUCAAAGUAACGAAAAAAAAAAUAUACUAUUAUUGGAAAUCUUGAGAAUCUUUUGGUAAACCUGUCUCGACUUUAAAAAACGUUUUGUUUUGUUUUGUUUUGUUUUUUGCACAGAGAACUGGUAAGACUGCUAGUUCGAAACAAAAAUCCUUGGUAAAACGAUAUCAAACUUCUUUUAUGUACCGCGACCACAAAACUUAAAAACCCAAGAGCAAUCCUGUAAUUACCCAACUGAUUCUUAAAAACCAGGUGCCUCAACAUACGAACUGCUUUAGUUUCGAAGUACAACAAAAAAAAACACGACAAGGGUUUACGUCAUGUCUGUGUUUAAGGGUAAAAACGACAUUUUCAAAGACUUAUUUCGCACGCCAUAUCUGUUUUAUUUUGUAACUAGUGUAUAUGACCAUCUGUACUUCUUGCAGCUACAUGCACACUUGAAACAAUCCAAUAACUUCAGUUUUUAAAAGAAAUGAUGAAACCUCUAAAGUUA